AUUGAACAUAAGUAGAUUAAGGUAUGGUUUCAGAACUGAAGGUGUUUUUUUCCUUUUCUCAAGGAAAAUUUGUGAGUUGUUUGAUAAAACAAAAUUUCUCAUUCCUGUGGAUGCAAAAUUUCUCCAGAACAAAGAGUAGAUUUCUAGAUUUGGUUAUCAUUUUUGAAUCUCCAGAACUCUCACUUUUGGUUCAGAACAAGGAAAAAGACACUGCCAGCAUUUCUAUUACGACUCCUAAGUUUGUAAAACUGGAGCAUAACAAAAUUGAACUCCAAGGGAAAGAAAACAAGAAGGCAGCUAAUAUCGAAGGCGAGGCUUCGAUAUUAUUUGGCACCUCUACAACCUCCCGUCAAAAUAACACUGCUACCUCCACGCUGAAUAAUACACCACUAAUAGAAACCCUGCAACCUCUACUUGUUUGA